AUGUAUUCAGCCCUUCGUCGACAGGUUGACAGGACACCAGACAAUUGGGUCGACCCGCUCCCCUCUGCUCCCAGCUCACCACUCGAAGAUCCUUUCCACACUCCUAUCGAAACUCAGAUAGUUUUACAGCAGUAUGAGUCCCUUACUCUUGAUGACCUUUAUCAAUGCCGGCCGCCUCGGUUCCCAGACAGGGAGCGAUACGCGUUGAACAUGGGUCUCUGCAAGCUGUUUCACGAUGACUGGAUCGAGGUCGAUGAACGGUACCUUGCAUAUCAUUCCGUCCGAGCGAAGAUUCUGGAAGAGAUGGGAAGCGAGGCCAUCCAUAGGGUUUCGGGUGCUGAAGAGGCAGAGAAGGAGCUCUUCGAUGAGGUGGUCAAACAUCUCAUCCAAAAGCACGGUAGAUUUUUCGAGAUCAUACAGUCCUCGCCACACAUAUCCGAGAAGGAUGGACGGCAGUAUGCCUCUUUUUCUCCGCGCCGAAUCCGGAAUCGAUUGACUGGAGAGGAGUACCGGAUUAGCCAGCCCACUAUCCCCAGUCCGAUGGAAAUAGUGGCCCGGCUUUGUCAGGAGGAUUUCAGCUUGUUAGUCAAGGAGCAGGAUGGAAGUCACAGACUGUCAGUAUCACUCCUCGCAACUCUCUUUCCAGCCGCAUGGAGAUUGAGGGAACGAAUCGGGUGGCACGUCACUGAUUUACAUGGCACUGUACCUAUGUGGCCGGAGAAACUUUCUGCACCUGUUGAACACUACUUCUCGCGCCUCUCGUCUGACUCGAACAUGGCCCGCUUCGCCUUCUUUCCCGUGGUCAUUCCCGCCGGCUCGACUCCCGCGCCUCAUACAUUCCUCUUUGCUCAAACCCCCGAAGAUCUGGUACCCAAAACUCCACCAGCACGUCCCGAAGAAGUUAUCUUCCGGUUCGAGCGUCAGAUAUUCCGACGACUCCCAAAGACCAGUGCAAUCGUGUUUACGGUGAAGACAAGCAUGGCACCGUUGACCAGCCUCAACUUGGAGGACUGUAGGAGACUGGCUGUAACGGUGAGGAGUUGGCCGGCCGAGGUAGCAGAGUACAGAGGGGUGUUGAUAUGGGGAGAUAUGGUGCUGGACUGGUGUGAUGCACAGCAGAAAGAGUACAUGGAAUAA